AUGAUAAUAUCUGGUCCUAGUUCCAGCGGUAAAACAACCUUUUUAUUGAAAUUUAUAACAGAAUCCAAAGAAUUAAUUCACCCUAGUCCAAAAUCAAUAGUUUAUUGUUUUGGGGAAAUGAAUAGUAUUAUUCCCCUUUUACAGAAAGCAGGAGUUAAUGUUAUAUCAGGAAUACCAAAUGAAGAACAGAUAAAAAAUUUUCCAAAACCGCUUUUGCUUAUUCUUGAUGAUUUAUUACUUAGUAUAAAUGAAAAAUAUCUGUCAGAAUUAUUCACUAAAAAAGCCCAUCAUCAAAAUUUCUCAAUCAUUUUUAUUACACAAAAUUUAUUUGAACGAAAGAUCAAAGUGGCUAGGCAAAAUUCUCAAUAUCUUACAAUAAUGCGUUCCCCUAACUCGAUGCUCUCUGUAAGAAAUAUAGGUGUACAAUUAUUCCCGCGACAGUUAGACUAUUUUCUUGAUUCAUAUCAACAAGCAACCAAGCAACCCUAUGGCUACUUACUCAUUGAUAUGCACGCUUCGUCAGAUCCAUUAUUAAGACUUAGGACAAACAUAUUUAAAGACGACGAAAAAAUAUUUUUUAUACCAAAAAACGGAAAUAAUGGUUAA